GCCGGCAGUGGCUCCUUUGGGCGGCUGGAGGGCCGGGAACCAGGCUUUCAGGACGCCCUUGUCCAGCAAGAUCUCCAGGAGGAGAAACCUGGGCGUGUUCACAUCACUACGAGCAAAGAGAGAACUCCCUCCUUCUGCAGGAUGAAAGUAAAAUGAAAGCCAAAGAGCAGUACCGAUCUGACACAUGGUUAGAAACUGACCACCUGACCAAGGGGAGUCUGCGACAGGACGCAGGUUUACCCUCUGUGGCCCUCGGUGCCCCGCCCACCGAUGCUGUGGCUCCGCACCAGACAGAUCCGGUUGAGAACAUGUUUGAACAGAACCUUGAGAUCAAGUUCUACAUCAGUUCUGGACCCGCAUCUCUGUCCUCACACAGUGGAGACGAAGCCAACCCCGUUAAGGUUGUAGAUUCUACUCAUCUUCCGGUCCACACUCCAACAAUAAAGAGAAAGGAAUAUCACAGUAGCAUCCGCCUUCCAACUAAGAGUAAGAGCCACCGGUUUUUCCUCACGUCCUUCACGGCCCCCACCAAGUGUCACCAGUGCACGUCUCUGAUGGUGGGUUUGAUAAGACAAGGCUGUGCCUGCGACGCAUGUGGGUUCUCAUGUCACACAACCUGUGUAGAAAAGGCUCCCAGAGCUUGUCCAGUGCCUUCUCAGCAGAAGAAAGGUGCCCUCUGUCUAGACGCACAGGCAGGCAUGGGAACAGCCUAUGAAGGCCGUGUCUGGAUCCCAAAGAAGGCAGGGGCGAGGAAGGGAUGGCAGAGAGCCCUGGCUGUCGUCUGUGACUUCAAGCUCUUCCUGUACAACAUGGAUGAAGAAAAAGACUCCAAACCCAACGUUGUCGUCAGUCAAGUGAUUGACAUGAGGUCACGGCAUCGCAGCUCUCAGCACCUCGCAACCGGUACUCGGUACCCAUCCUAGCAGACAGCGAGAACGAAAAGUGGGAGUGGGUGCGAGUGUUGAGGGACCUGCACAAGACGCUGAGAAAAAGCCCCUCCAGAGACCGCUCAGUCUAUGUGCUGGAAGAGGCUUAUGAUGGCAGCCUGCCCUUGAUCAGAACCAGCCGGACAGCUGCGAUCAUAGAUAACAAAAGAAUCGCUCUGGGAAAUGAAGAAGGGUUCUUUGUCGUGCACGUUACCAUAGGUGGU